AUGCACCUGAAGACUGCGAUUAUCGCCGUUGGGGUGCUGCAUCUGUUUUUUAUCGUACUGUCGACCGGAAUUAUAUCGAGGCUGUUCGAAAGUGAUUUUUUAGGAGUGUCGUUCUUCGUCACCGGACUGCUGAUCCAGGUUAUAAAUUUUGUAGUCCUGAUUGUCAUGUUCUAUGGACUGAGAACUGGACAGAACGAACUGAUUGUUCCUUUUGUCGUCGAGCUGGUGCUGUACUUGAUCUUCCUUGGAAGCAUGCUCACCUACUUUAUCACUACCAUUUUGAUCAGCUUGGUGAAGGAAGAGAAGUUUGUCACUGACACAAAGACGAUCAUUCAGGUGGUGCUUUUGGGCUUGGCCAGCGCACUGUACUCGUGGAUGCUUUUCGUAUCGACUGCCUUCUACAAAUAUGCCAGAAAUAUCCUGCAACUUUCGUUCUGUGAUGCCAUGACAAGGUUCGACUCACGAGGAUACGGCCGCUCCUGCUAA